CCCACAGGGCCGGGCGGCCCCAGGGAAGGGCCGGGCGGCCCGCGCUCCUGGCCGGCAGAUGUCAGCCUUCUGGGGUGGGGCGGCAGAGCGCGGGGUGCGGCGCGCGCCGUCGCGGGGCACACAGGCCUGGGAGCAAAAAGCUAGGUGAAUUCUGCCUGGUCGCCUGCACCCCAGUCGGGUCUCUGCUCCGAAAUGAGGCCGUUGGUAAACACGGGCGCGCGGCGCGGUUCCGAGAGGGGAGGGCCCUGCGAGGCGUGAAGAUGAGGUCCUCCAUUGGAGGGAAGACACCUUGCUGUCGUCAAGUGAUGGCGCCUCGGCUUGUCGCCCCGCCCUAUUCGUGGUAUAUCCUUCCCAGUGCUCCACUCUCUUCCAAGAGCAGCAGAAAAUGAACAUAUCUCAGGCAUCAGUGUCACUCAAGGAUGUGACUGUGGAACUCACUCAGGAGGAGUGGCAACACAUGGACCCUUUUCAGAGGACCCUGUACAGAGACGUGAUGCUGGAGAACUACAGCCACCUUGUCUCUGUGGGAUACUGCAUUUUCAAACCAGAGGUGAUCUCCAAGUUGCAGCAAGGAGAAGCACCUUGGUUCUCAGAGGAGGAAAUCUCAACCCAGAGUCAUCCAGAAGAUUACAAAGGUGAUGACCAAAUCAAGAGGAAAAAGAAAAUCAAAGCCGAACACUUGCGGCAGGUCAUAUUCAUCAAAGAUAAAAUAUUGACUAGAGAGGAAGAGAAAGUUUGCAGAAAACCAUUUAAUCUUCACCCAGCUCCGAUUUGUUCAACAAAAAUUUCCUGCAGAUGUGACUCAGGAGGAGUGAAUUUGCAAAGUAUUUCUGAAUUUGUCAUUAACAAUAGAAACUAUUCAACAAAGAAAGCAGGUUGUCAUGAUGAAUAUGAAAAUUGGCCUUUCAAAAUUAAAUUUCAUAGAACUCAAACUGGGGAGAACUUUUAUGACUGUAACAUAAGCAUGAAAGCCCUCAGUUAUAGAGUAAAUCUUUCCGAGCAUCAAAGGUUUCAAACAUUGCAGCAAGAUUUUGAAGAUACUGAAAUUACAAAAUCCUUCUAUGGUAAGGCUGACUAUGUUACACAUAAGAGUUUUCACACAGAAGAAAAAUCGUAUAAAAGCCAUGAAUGUAGGAAAAACCAUGAUAAAACAGCUCCCUUUGACCACAGAAAAAUUAACACAGGAGAGAAACACCCACAUCUUCACCAGUGUGGAAAAUCCUCCUUUGAGAAGGCACCUGUGGAGGGUUAUAGUAAAUUUACCCCAGCUGUAAAACACUAUGACCAUAAUGCACAUAGAAAUUGUUUCAGCAGUCAGUCUCAUUUCCCACAACCUCAGAGGACUGUCACAGGAGAGAAUCCAUUCACAUGCAAUGAGAGAACACAAAGUGGGGAUAAAUCCUUUGAAUGUCAUGAAAAUAAGAACUCGUGUCAGCCAUCAACCCACAAAGUACGCCAGAGAACUCACUGUGAGAUGAAGCCCUACAAAUGUAAUCAAUGUGGGAAAUACUUCUGUCAGAAAGGUCAUCUUAUUCAGCAUCAGAGAACUCACACAGGAGAGAAACCAUUUGCAUGUAGGGAAUGUGGAAAGACUUUCUCCCAAAAGUCACACCUCAGCACACAUCAAAGAAUUCACACAGCAGAGAAACCCUACAAGUGCAAUGAAUGUGGCAAAGCAUUUAUCCAGAAGUCAACCCUUAGGGGACAUCAGAGAAUCCACACAGGAGAGAAACCUUACAAAUGCAGUGAGUGUGGGAAAACUUUUGUUCAGAAGUCAACCCUCAGAGAUCAUCACAGAAUUCACACAGGGGAAAAAUCCUUUGAAUGUAAUGAAUGUGGUAAAACUUUUGGCCAGAAAUCAAAUCUCAGAAUACAUCAAAAAAUUCAUAGUGGGGAGAAAACUUACCAAUGUAAUGAAUGUGAAAAAUCCUUCUGGCGAAAAGACCAUCUCAUUCAACAUCAGAAAACUCACACAGGAGAGAAACCAUUUAAAUGUAGUGAAUGUGGGAAAACUUUUGCCCGAACAUCAACCCUCAGAGUGCACCAGAGAAUUCACACUGGGGAGAAACCAUUUAAAUGUAAUGAAUGUGGAAAAAACUUUGUUCGGAAGGCGAUCCUUAGUGAUCAUCAGAGAAUUCAUACAGGGGAGAAACCCUUUCAGUGUAAUAAAUGUGGGAAAACGUUCGGCCAGAAACCAAACCUCAGAAUACAUCAGAGAACUCACAAUGUGGAGAAAUCUUACGAAUGCAAUAAAUAUGGGAAAUUACAUAAAUCAAAUCUCAGUGUUUGCCAGAGAACUCAAGGAAGGAGGAAGCCCUGUUGACAUAAUAACUGGAAAAGCUGACAGAAGUUCUAUCCCCUUUGGCAUUGGUAUACUCACAGGAAAAAAAAAAACAGCUAAAUAUAUAUAUAUAUAUUUGUGUGUGUGUGUGUGUGUGUGUGUGUGUGUGUGUGUUUGUAAGAAAACAGUCCCAGAAGUCAACUCUUAAGAACCACAGAGAACUAAUGCAGGAGAAACCAUAUGAAUAUGAGUGUAGGAAGAGUUUUGUCCAAAAGGUGGUUUAACCGCAGGAUAUAUUGAAGAAUUCACGCAAGCUUCUGUUUCUUUAAAAGGACUAUAUAGAUGCCUUCUGAAUGAAGCCAUGCCCUGCCCAGUAACUCUCACACAUCACACAAUCUGAAAAAUCUGUUUAGCAGCAACAAUUCCUUUUUCCUCUAGACACAUAGCUAGUCUUAAGUUUCCCAAUGUCCCUCUUCUGUAAGUGGGGCUACUGGAAUAUGGAUGACCAGGAUGUCUGCCACAGCCAGGUCUGAUGAAUAAAAGAUAUCCCUUAGAAAUUACCAGGGUCCUGUCAGAAUAACACAAAUGUGAUUUCGAGGUCAGCCCUGAGUGCUGUGCUUUAAUGAGGCAUAGCACAAGAUAAAAGAAUUUAGGUGCUUGAAUAAAUAUGUGGUACAGAAUUCUCUUAACAUCUUUAGCAGUCAAACAUUUGUGAGCAAAAAUCAGUCCUUUAUUUUGUUGAGCUCUUGCAUGUUUUUGAUCUGUUUGUUUCUACAGAUAAUUUAGCUGUCAUUCUGCUAGGAAGGUGAAAACUAUGUAAGCCAAGUUUAAGUCAGACAAAGUGCAUAAACCUUAUCAGAAGGUUACUGGGUCCAGGAGUCCCUCAAAGAUCAUCGUAAAACUCACAUGAAAACAUCCUUCAAUGUAAUGAAUAGAUGCUGCCACCUGAUGCAGUGCUUGGGAUUUACGUAACAUGUUAGAAAUGACUUUUGCCUGUUGAUUGAUUGCUUUUAGUUGAACAAGAGCAGCUACCAUAUAGCUCAAGCUAACUGUGGCAUAAAGCCACUUCCUUCACAACCUUCUGGCACCUCCAUACACCCAAACCAGAACUUCUUCAAAGAGAACAUUUUUCCUGUCUCCAAAGGAGAUCGAAGGCUUUUAUCACUCACCGGAGUAUUCUGUGGUAUCUGCUGGGAGAGGAGGAACACAAGUGGAUCUGCUAGUUCUACUGGAUGCAAGUGUCCAAGUCACUCACAGUUCCUGUGGAGGGAGGGGCACCUAAACUUAGCUAAUGGGAUAUGCGUAGGUUUACAGUAGAGAAGGUAAAAACUAAUGUAACCUAAUGGAUGGGACUCUUGGGGCCGGUGCAAUGUACUGUGGCGAUCUCUACAUCUGAAAAUAUAGUAAGGAUUAAUAUGAUGUGGCAUAACUACUAUCUGUUAUAGAGGGAAUUCUCCCAGUCAGGAUGAGCUGCAUAUGAAGCGGAUACCUUUGAGGUCUCACCACCCUGAUGACUGUUUUGUGAUUCAGGUCUCUGUGACUGGUAAUUUUAUUGAUUGAAACUUUUGGCAGAAAGAUGCCACCUUUGCGGGAUGGGGAGGGUGGUAGUGGAGUGGAGAGGUUUGCCUUGACACCCUGAAAAGGGUAUAAGGGUCAUCCCUUUUGAAAAGCAGCUUUGAGCUUACUCUUGGAUUGUUUUACACAUUGAAAUGAAGGCCUCUGUACUAACGUUCCAGUCCUGGUAUAUGCCAUCUUAUACUCAACAAUUAACCAAAUGAGAAUGGCCAUCAAGCCUCAACUUAUGAAAUGAUGGUAUGCUCAAGAAUGCAGCCGCCUGGGCCCACAGUAUCUAAAAUGUACAUGAAACAGUACCAGUUGUCCCUCUGUCCAAACUUUAUUUAAAUCAAAAAAUGAAAGGGGUCCUUUCAGGGAACAGAGCCCCAGGAUGUCGUCAGCUCUGGCCAAUACCUAUAUAAAUCUUGUUAUGUUCUUAUUGACCCAUGGACUGUUGCUGUAACCUAGCUAUUUGACACUGUAACUGGAAAACUAUAUAGACAUUAAAAGCACCAUUCUUUGCUUCUCUAAACUGUGAGUGAAAAUCAGCUGCUGAGCACCCCAUCAGGGUCUGCCUGGUCCUUCCCCUCCAAAGUUGAAAACAUCUGGGAAAACUAUACCAGCACUGAGGGACUUUCAUUAACCAAAAUGGUUGAUUGAGAAAAUCUUCAGAGGAAACUCUUCAGAGACCAUUCGGAGACAAGAGGGGAAAAGCUGUCACAAUCCAGAUGGAGUAACCUAUGCCAGACCUCACGAAAGUUACUAAAGCAACAGGUUUUAAAGAAGUGAUCUUAAUCAUGGCUACUAGACAUCCAAGUCCUUGCAGGUACCUCUGACAGAAGGCAAACUUAUAUUUUUGGCCAAGGCCUUCUAUGGAGGUAAAGACAAAAAUGAUUAUUUUUUGCUGAUUCCAAACAUACCUUUUUAGUGAUCUAUCUUCAUGGAGUUAUUUUAAAUGGAUUCCUCUACAAAGUCUAUUUAACUGGAUGUCUUCUGACCUUUACUCACUCUGUAUUGUUUUAUAAUAAUGUUUAUACUUUUAGACUUAAACAACAAGUACUUUUUUGACUUAGCUGUUAGCUAUCUAUCCCCUUCCCCUGUACUAAUUUAUCACUGGCCAAAAAACCCUAAUUCCCUCAAAAUUAAAAAUGUUCAAACAUAAAAAUUUAUAAGUAGUACUUAAAAUACUUUUGCUGGGGAACACCUGUUCCUUACUUGGGUCCACAAAUUAGUUAGGGAUGAAAAAAGGCAUGACAUCUCCCCAUUUUGUAACUGUCUUUGUUCUGAGCCAUUCUCUCUGUAGUCACCUUGCGGCCCCCUUGGAGUCAAGGAAGGACAGUGAUGACCUGCAUCUUCAUGGCAGGGGACUGAAACUACCCCAGAUGGUGGACCUUCCUUAGGAUGGACUACCCUCCAUAACAACAACUCCAAAACCUCUCCCAAAACAAGAACUGGGAUGGUGGUCAACCACAACACACCUGAUAAUCUGUGACUGGGACUGUUAGACCGUGCAUGCCUUUGCAGGUGGCUUACUGGAAACUUCCCACCUGACCCCAAAGACUGACAAAGGGACAGUUGCCAACUUUUAUCUCUGGGUGGGUGCCAAGGACAUUUGAGCAGACAGUGACCUAACCACAACUUAUCUUCCUUAGAUAACAGUAUUCCUUAGUGACCCUUUUGGUACUUUUCCACUAGACCCAUAUAUCUGCCCUGUCCUGUGGGUUAGCAGUGAACUCUAGCUGUCUUGCUGGAGACCCCUUCUGCAGGGUUCUUUCCUAGACAAUAAACCCUGUGCUGGUGUUU